GCUUGCUCCCAAUCACAGGAGCAGGAGGAGGAGGAGGAGGAGGAGGAGGCGGAGGGCUGCCUUGAGGAAGUACAGAAUGAAGUUGUGGAGCUGAAACUCCCCUCGAUCGUGGCGGGAGUGAAGAGGAGCACCCCAAGGCCACCGCCUGCCCCUCCCAGGGUGCCGCCCCGGCGCCCAGCGCCCGCCCUUCGCCCCGCCGCGCCCGGCGCCCGCGCAGCCUGGUCCAGCCGGAGCCAUGGGACCGGAGCCGCAGUGAGCACCAUGGAGCUGGCGGCCUGGUGCCGCUGGGGGCUUCUCUUCGCCCUCCUGCCCCCUGGAGCCGCAGGCACCCAAGUGUGCACCGGCACAGACAUGAAGCUGCAGCUCCCGGCCAGCCCCGAGACCCACCUGGACAUGCUUCGCCACCUCUACCAGGGCUGUCAGGUGGUGCAGGGUAACCUGGAGCUCACCUACCUGCCUGCCAAUGCCGGCCUCUCCUUUCUGCAGGUGAGGCCUAUGGACAACCCAGCCAGUCCCCUGCUUCCAGCUGGGCCAAGCCCUCUGCUUAUAGGAUAUCCAGGAGGUGCAGGGCUACGUGCUCAUCGCCCACAACCAAGUGAGGCAGGUCCCUCUGCAUAGGCUGCGAAUUGUGCGAGGCACGCAGCUCUUCCAGGACAAAUUUGCCCUGGCCGUGCUGGACAAUGGAGACCCACCGGACCAUGCCACUCUUGCCACAGGGGCUGUCCCAGAAGGGUUGCGGGAGCUGCAGCUGCGAAGCCUCACAGAGAUCCUGAAGGGAGGCAUCAUGAUCCAGCGAAACCCCCAGCUUUGCUACCAGGAGACAAUUUUAUGGAAAGACAUCUUCCACAAGAACAACCGGCUGUCCCUUGAGCUGGUAGAUGCCAACCACUCACGGCCCUGCAGGCCCUGUUCUCCAGCUUGUAAAGUCCCCCACUGCUGGGGAGAAAGUUCCGAGGACUGUCAGAGCUUGACCCGCACCCUCUGUGCCAGUGGCUGUGCCCGCUGCAAGGGCCCGCUGCCCACUGACUGCUGCCACGAGCAGUGUGCUGCGGGCUGCACGGGCCCCAAGCACUCCGACUGCCUGGCCUGCCUCCACUUCAACCACAGCGGCAUCUGUGAGCUGCACUGCCCACCCCUGGUUGUCUACAACACAGACACCUUCGAGUCCGAGAUCAACUCUGAAGGCCGUUACACCUUUGGUGCCAGCUGUGUGGUCACCUGUCCCUACAACUACCUGUCUACGGAUGUGGGCUCCUGCACCCUGGUCUGUCCCCUGAACAACCAAGAGGUGACAGCUGAGGAUGGGACUCAGAAGUGUGAGAAAUGUAGCAAGCCCUGUGCCCAAGUGUGCUAUGGCCUGGGCAGGGAACACUUGCGGGAGGUGAGAGCGGUCACCAGUGCCAAUAUCCAGGAGUUUGCCGGCUGCGAGAAGAUCUUUGGGAGCCUGGCAUUUUUGCCCGAGAGCUUUGAGGGGGACCCAGCCUCCAACACUGCCCCCCUACAGCCUGAGCAGCUCAGAGUGUUUGAGACGCUGGAGGAGAUCACAGGUUACUUGUACAUCUCAGCGUGGCCAGAUAACCUGCCUGACCUCAGUGUCUUCCAGAACCUGCGAGUCAUCCGGGGACGAGUUCUGCACGACGGCGCCUACUCGCUGGCCCUGCAAGGGCUGGGCAUCAGCUGGCUGGGGCUUCGCUCACUGCGGGAGCUGAGCAGUGGGCUGGCCCUCAUCCACCGCAACGCCCGUCUCUGCUUCGUACACACGGUGCCCUGGGACCAGCUCUUCCGGAAUCCUCACCAGGCCCUGCUGCACAGUGCCAACCGGCCAGAAGAUGAGUGCGAGGGGGAGGGGCUGGCCUGCUACCCACUGUGCGCCCAUGGGCACUGCUGGGGUCCUGGGCCCACCCAGUGCGUCAACUGCAGCCAGUACCUGCGGGGCCAGGAGUGCGUGGAAGAAUGCCGAGUACUGCAGGGGCUCCCCCGGGAGUAUGUGAAGGACAGACACUGUCUGCCAUGCCACCCCGAGUGCCAGCCCCAGAAUGGUUCAGAGACCUGCUUUGGACUGGAGGCUGAUCAGUGUGUGGCCUGUGCUCACUAUAAGGACUCUCCCUUCUGUGUGGCUCGUUGCCCUAGCGGUGUGAAACCUGACCUCUCCUUCAUGCCCAUCUGGAAGUUCCCAGAUGAGGAGGGCACGUGCCAGCCAUGCCCCAUCAACUGCACCCACUCCUGUGUGGACCUGGAUGAGAAGGGCUGCCCCGCUGAGCAGAGAGCCAGCCACGUGACCAUUAUCACCACUGUGGUGGGCAUCCUGCUGUUCAUGGUCGUGGGGCUGGUCCUGGGCAUCGUAAUCAAGCGGUGGCGGCAGAAGAUCCGGAAGUACACGAUGCGGAGGCUGCUGCAGGAAACGGAGCUGGUGGAGCCGCUGACGCCCAGCGGAGCGCUGCCCAACCAGGCUCAGAUGCGGAUCCUUAAAGAGACGGAGCUUAGGAAGGUGAAAGUGCUUGGAUCUGGAGCUUUCGGCACAGUCUACAAGGGCAUCUGGAUCCCCGAUGGGGAGAAUGUGAAAAUUCCAGUGGCCAUCAAAGUGUUGAGGGAAAACACAUCCCCUAAAGCCAACAAAGAAAUCUUGGACGAGGCAUACGUGAUGGCUGGUGUGGGCUCCCCAUAUGUGUCCCGCCUCCUGGGCAUCUGCCUGACAUCCACAGUACAGUUAGUGACACAGCUCAUGCCCUAUGGCUGCCUCCUAGACCACGUCCGGGAACACCGCGGACGCCUGGGCUCCCAGGACCUGCUGAACUGGUGUGUGCAGAUUGCCAAGGGGAUGAGCUACCUGGAGGAUGUGCGGCUCGUGCACAGGGACCUGGCUGCCCGGAAUGUGCUCGUUAAGAGCCCCAACCAUGUGAAGAUUACAGACUUUGGGUUGGCACGGCUGCUGGACAUUGACGAGACUGAGUACCACGCAGAUGGGGGCAAGGUUCCUAUCAAGUGGAUGGCAUUAGAGUCCAUUCUCCGCAGACGGUUCACCCACCAGAGUGACGUGUGGAGCUAUGGUGUGACUGUGUGGGAGCUGAUGACUUUUGGGGCCAAACCUUACGAUGGAAUCCCAGCACGGGAGAUCCCUGACCUUCUGGAGAAAGGGGAACGGCUACCCCAGCCCCCCAUCUGCACCAUCGAUGUCUACAUGAUCAUGGUCAAAUGUUGGAUGAUUGACUCUGAGUGUCGGCCACGGUUCCGGGAGUUGGUGGCCGAAUUCUCUCGCAUGGCCAGGGACCCCCAGCGCUUUGUAGUUAUCCAGAAUGAGGACAUGGGCCCCGCCAGCCCCUUGGACAGCACCUUCUACCGCUCGCUGCUGGAGGACGAUGACAUGGGGGACCUGGUGGAUGCUGAGGAGUACCUGGUGCCCCAGCAGGGCUUCUUCUGCCCAGACCCUACCCCGGGCACUGGGGGCACAGCCCACCGCAGGCACCGCAGCUCAUCCACCAGGAGUGGCGGUGGUGAGCUGACCCUGGGGCUGGAGCCCUCCGAGGAGGAGCCCCCCAGGUCACCACUGGCACCUUCAGAAGGGGCUGGCUCCGAUGUGUUUGAUGGCGACCUGGUAAUGGGGACAGCCAAAGGGCUGCAGUGCCUCCCCUCACACGACCCCAGCCCUCUACAGCGGUACAGCGAGGACCCCACAGUAACUCUCCCACCUGAGACUGAUGGCUACGUUGCCCCCCUGACCUGCAGCCCCCAGCCCGAAUAUGUGAACCAGCCAGAGGUUCGACCACAGCCCCCCUCACCCCUAGAGGUCCCUCUGCCUCCUUCCCGCCCUGCUGGUGCCACUCUGGAAAGACCCAAGACUCUCUCUCCUGGGAAGAAUGGGGUUGUCAAAGACGUUUUUGCCUUUGGGGGUGCCGUGGAGAACCCCGAGUACUUGGCACCCCAGGGAGGGGCUGCCCCUCCACCCCAUCCUCCCCCUGCCUUCAGUCCAGCCUUUGACAACCUCUAUUACUGGGACCAGGACCCAUCUGAGCGGGGCUCUCCACCCAGCACCUUUGAAGGGACCCCUACAGCAGAGAACCCCGAGUACCUGGGCCUGGACGGACCAGUGUGAGCCAAAAGGCCAAGUUGGCUGAGGCCCUGCUGUACCUUCAGGGAGUGGGGAAGGCCUGACUUCGGGCCCGUAUCAGGAUGAAGCAGAAGAGGGCCCUCUGACCGUGUCCAGAGGAGCCUGCCACGCUAAGAACUUGUCCUCAGGACCCUUCAUCCCCAGGUGGCUGAGAGGGGUCUGGCCUGGCUAGGAGAGGAGGGGGCGCCGAAGAGUCUUGAUUGGUUUUUUUUUGGACCCGUGCACCACCAGAUGCUCGGGCCACAGCCAGUCUCCGCACCUGAGGCAGCAGCCCAGCCUGGCCCUCUUCCAGAUCCCUGGUCUGGAAGGACUUUGGAAGCUAGGACUAGUAGAGGAAGAGGCCCCAAGCGGAUGAGGAAAGGGAGUUCCUAAGAACAAGAGUGACUUUCAGAAACUAUGUCCCUGAGACCCAGCUUUGCUCCCCUGGAAGAAGGGGCAGCAACUGUAUCCAGAAUCCAGAUGUUGUACAGAGUGCUUUUUUGUUUUGUUUUUACUUAUGUUCUUUGUUGUUGUUGUUUUUUUAAGAUGAAAUAAGGACCCAGGGGGAGAGUGGAUGUUGUGUGGAAUGGGGCCUCUGGGGUUGGGGGAAGGGUUGUCCCCUUUCUCCACGCCCACCUUCUCCAUUUGCAAAUAUAUUUUGGAAAAGAG